CGAUAUUAGAGUACUCUUAUUUCUACGCUUCUGUUCCAAGUUUAUACUAUGCCAGUGUCUACAUACAAUCAUUCUUGCUGAUCAUCACCGCAAACAUCAAGCCAUUGAACCGCACAUCCUCGGCAACCGAUAACGGCCCAACAUCCCCGCACGCCAACCGAUAAGUGUUCGCAUUUAUCCCUUAUGCGCCUCCUUUCUACCAACACCGGAAGAACAGUACUUAGAUAGACAAGACAUACAUCAACAUGUCCAGAGCAAUCUUCAUCACACCCAUCGACGGCAAGCCCGGAAAACCUGGCCAAGUCUACUACCCCCUCACCGUGCAGACCCUCCCUCAACCCACCCCUCAAGGCCGGGAAGUUCUUGUGAAGCUCUCCGCCGCAUCCCUGAACCAUCGUGAUGUGUUCCUUCGUCAACAUCUCUACCCUGGGGUCACCUUUGAUGUACCCAUGGGUGCCGACGGGACGGGAACUGUCAUUGCCGCCGGCGAAGCGGUGCGCGAUCCGCAGCGCUGGAUCGGGAAGCGGGUGGUCCUCAACCCUGGGAUAGGAUGGAAGGACUCUAUCGAUGGACCAGAGGAUCCGAAAGGGUACCGGAUUUUGGGCGGGACCAAGCUAUACAACAAAGGGACGAUACAGGAGUUUUUGGCUAUCGACGAGGAGGAGCUGGAAGAGGUGCCGGAGCAUCUGUCAGAUGCCGAGGCAGCAUCAUUACCGGUUACUGCCUUGACAGCAUGGAGGGCGCUGAUCAAAGCUGGGGAGAGGAAUACGACCAAGGGGGCUGCCGUGCUGCUGACCGGAAUCGGGGGCGGCGUGGCCCUGAUGGCGCUGAAGCUCGCUGUGGCCAGGGGAGCAGAUGUAUAUGUGACCAGCUCGAGCGAGGAGAAAAUCCAGAAGGCAAUUGAGCUGGGGGCCAAGGGGGGAGUGAGUUAUAAGGAGGACAAGUGGGAUCAGAAGUUACUGGGCAUGUUGCCUACGGGGAAAGGGGCCUUUGAUGCGAUUAUUGACGGGGCUGGAGGCGAUUCCGUGGAUAAAGCCGUCAAGCUGCUCAAGGCUGGUGGCGUUCUUUGCGUGUAUGGGAUGACGGUCGCGCCGCAGAUGCCCUUUUCCAUGAAGGCAGUGCUGAAGAACAUCGAUGUCCGUGGCUGUACAAUGGGCUCGCGCAAGGAGUUCAAAGAGGUGAUCGAAUUUGUCAAGACGCAUAAGAUCCAUCCGGUGGUUUCGCGCGUUCUGCAGACCGACCUGGGGGAUAUCCCAGCGAUCGACGGGAUUUUCCAGGAUAUGAAGGACGGAAAGCAGUUUGGGAAGUUGGUGAUCGAGUUCGGGAAGGCGUCUGGAAGUAAGCUGUGAUCUGGAGAUCGCUGACGGUUAGCCAUUGUCUUAGGAGUCUGUAAGCGUGUAUAUUACGACGCGAGAAAUCAUCGAGAUGGAAGUACUUUCCCAAGCGCAAGUAGUGAAGCGCUCCUGCCCUGUACCAGACAUCUCUAGUAUUCUCCAUGUCGUGUUCCUUCCUGUAUCCAACUCACAACAGCCUCUGGUAUCAUCGUCGCCACUCCUUAGCCUUUAGCCAACAGCACGGUUAUCGUUUUAUACCAAGGAUAGUUGAACCACUCAU